GUCCGCCUCAGCCUCGCAAAGUGCUGGGAUUACAGGCGUGAGCCCACCGCGCUUGGCUGGGUCCUUGUCUUGAAAUGUGUCUCUGAGCCAUUAGCCAGGAGCGGCAAAGAGGCCUGGAGGACAGCUUUCCCCACACCCCCUCCGUUACUCUCAAUCUGAGCUCCAGGUUUGGGCAGUUGAGGAUUAGCCUGAGGCCAAGGACGAACGUGAUAGGGUACGGAAGAAGCAACUCGGCGGUGGAGGGGGUUUUGUGCUCACGUUUACAGAGUCAGGGAUAGGUUGAUCUUGGAAGGCUGGAGACGGCGACAUGGACAGGAAGAAGCGGAGGGCGAGGAGGAGCAGAGGAGCACACAGAUGAAGCCGGUGAUGAAGGCUUUACAAGCGGGGAGGCGUGGGCUGGUGACAGGCGGAGGGAGGGGAGCGAUUGCCUGCGUGUGCAUGGAUCUAUAUGAGAAGCGUGAUGAGCGGCGGACAGGCUAGGGCAGGGCUGGGGCGUGGGCCGCGGAGCGCUGGUCGGGAAAGUGGGCAUGGGAGAUGGGAGAAUAACGGGGUCACGCGCCUCUGGCUUAAUAGUUUGCUCCAAUUGAGACUCAAGAUUUCCUCCUCUCGUGGAAGGAAGCUGGGUCCGGGGCGUUGGGUGGCCGCGAAGAGCCGGGGCCCCGGGGAGCGCCGGGUGCUAGGUGUUCACGCGUCCGGCCGUCCAUCCGUCCGUCCCCCCUGGUGCCGGCGCUGACCAUGCCCAGCGGCUGCCGCUGCCUGCAUCUUGUGUGCCUGUUGUGCAUUCUGGGGGCUCCCGGUCAGCCUGUCCGAGCCGAUGACUGCAGCUCCCACUGUGACCUGGCCCACGGCUGCUGUGCACCUGACGGCUCCUGCAGGUGUGACCCGGGCUGGGAGGGGCUGCACUGUGAGCGCUGUGUGAGGAUGCCUGGCUGCCAGCAUGGUACCUGCCACCAGCCAUGGCAGUGCAUCUGCCACAGUGGCUGGGCAGGCAAGUUCUGUGACAAAGAUGAACAUAUCUGUACCACGCAGUCCCCCUGCCAGAAUGGAGGCCAGUGCAUGUAUGACGGGGGCGGUGAGUACCAUUGUGUGUGCCUACCAGGCUUCCAUGGGCGUGACUGCGAGCGCAAGGCUGGACCCUGUGAACAGGCAGGCUCCCCAUGCCGCAAUGGCGGGCAGUGCCAGGAUGACCAGGGCUUUGCCCUCAACUUCACAUGCCGCUGCUUGGUGGGCUUUGUGGGUGCCCGCUGUGAGGUGAACGUGGAUGACUGCCUGAUGCGGCCUUGUGCUAAUGGUGCCACCUGCCUUGAUGGCAUAAACCGCUUCUCCUGCCUCUGUCCUGAGGGCUUUGCUGGACGCUUCUGCACCAUCAACCUGGAUGACUGUGCCAGCCGCCCAUGCCAGAGAGGGGCCCGCUGUCGGGACCGUGUCCAUGACUUCGACUGUCUCUGCCCCAGUGGCUAUGGUGGCAAGACUUGUGAGCUUGUCUUACCUGUCCCACACCCCCCAACCACAGUGGACACCCCUCUAGGGCCCACCUCAGCUGUGGUGGUACCUGCCACGGGGCCAGCCCCCCACAGCGCAGGGGCUGGUCUGCUGCGGAUCUCAGUGAAGGAGGUGGUGCGGAGGCAAGAGGCUGGGCUAGGUGAGCCUAGCUUGGUAGCCCUGGUGGUGUUUGGGGCCCUCACUGCUGCCCUGGUUCUGGCUACUGUGUUGCUGACCCUGAGGGCCUGGCGCCGGGGUGUCUGCCCCCCUGGACCCUGUUGCUACCCUGCCCCACACUAUGCUCCAGCAUGCCAGGACCAGGAGUGUCAGGUUAGCAUGCUGCCGGCAGGGCUCCCCCUGCCACCUGACUUGCCCCCUGAGCCUGGAAAGACCACAGCACUGUGAUGGAGGUGGGGGCUUUCCAGCCCCCUUCCUCACCUCUUCCACCCCUCAGACUGGAGUGGUCCUUUCUCACCACCCUUCAGCUUGGGUACACACACAGAGGAGACCUCAGCCUCACACCAGAAAUAUUAUUUUUUUAAUACACAGAAUGUAAGAUGGGAUUUUAUCAAAUAAAACUAUGAAAAUGCAA